UGGCAGUACAGUAAAUCUUAUCAAGUAAACACUUCAAUGCGCCGCUCUUCAUAACACAAUUCUCCUCGGCGCUGGAAGCCAUGCGUCAAUUCCAGUCUCUACUGCUCGUUCUCAGCGUUCUAUUCCUCAAAUUUACGCCCUCCCAAGCUUCUGAUUACCAUGAACAACUCGUCCUACGACCUCUUCAUCCCUCCCUCCUUCUCGCAUCCUUCAACUUCCAGAGCAACACUACACUCGCAUCUUUUGAUCAGCAGAACUUCAGAUACUUCCCUAGAUCUCUAGGUCAGAUCCUACAACAUGCCAAUACGAGAGAAUUACAUCUGCGAUUUAGCUUAGGCAGGUGGGAUGCUGAGAGUUGGGGCGCGAGACCUUGGGGAGGGGCUAGAGAGGGUGGGACAGGUGUAGAGUUAUGGGCUUGGGUUGAAGCUGAGACGGAUGAAGAGGCCGAUGGACGGUGGUUGACUUUAACGAACGCGCUUUCUGGCCUCUUUUGUGCAUCCCUGAACUUCAUCGACUCGACGAGAACGAUCAGACCAGUCAUGUCUUUCCAACCAGCUGGAAACCAUGCAAACUCUACAGCAGAGAAUCUGCACCUACUGCAUGGGACUCUUCCAAGGGAAGUGGUGUGUACGGAGAACUUGACACCCUUUCUGAAGCUGUUGCCUUGUAAAGGCAAAGCGGGUAUAUCGAGUUUGCUGGAUGGGCAUAAGCUGUUCGAUGCAAAUUGGCAGAGCAUGUCAAUUGAUGUGAAGCCAAUUUGUCCUUCGGAUGGUAGCGAAUGUCAACUGCAGAUUACGCAGACAAUUGACAUGGUAUUGGAUAUCCAGCGGUCCAAAAGACCAAGAGAUAAUCCUAUUCCAAGACCAGUUGCAUUCGAAGAGCUCAAAUGCAACACAUCCAAGCCAUACAACUCCCACGAUACCUGCUUCCCACUGGAUACCUCAGCCCAGGAAGAAGAAUGGAGUCUCUCCCAAAUAUUUGGACAUUCCCUCAAAGGGCCUUGUCCCCUUGCAACUGACGGCAUAGAUCCAGUCUGUAUCAACGUCCCACACGCCCGCAACGUAUACACCUCACCCGGCGUCCAAGAACACAAAGACACCACCGGCCACAAGCGCUGCUUUCAACUCAACCCCGAAGGCGACUUCGAACUCGUCCUCCCGGAGCAAGACAUCUCCGAAAAAUCCCCCCUCGAGCAACCCCUCCUCUACGCCGAACGCUCGUUCAUCGGCUACGGCCAAGAACGCGGCGGCGUCCAAGCCAUCCUCACCAACCCCUCCCCCACCCAAUCCGUCGACUUCGUCUACAUGGAAUCCCUCCCCUGGUUCAUGAAGCUCUACUUGCACACACUGAAAGCCAAGAUCAACGGCCAGGAUAAGCCCGUCAUCCAGGAGAUGUACUACCGUCCAGCCCUCGACCGCAAGCGCGGCACCCAGCUCGAAGUCCGCAUCUUGAUCCCGGCCAAUUCCACCGUAGUCCUGACGUACGAUUUCGAAAAGGCGAUCCUCAGAUAUACCGAGUACCCACCAGAUGCGAAUCGCGGGUUUGAUAUCGCGCCCGCGGUCAUCACCAUCGGUGACGAUAUUAGUAUCCGCACCACGACCCUACUCCUACCUCUCCCUACACCCGAUUUCAGUAUGCCGUAUAAUGUGAUUAUCCUCACUAGUACAGUGAUGGCGCUGAGUUUCGGGUUCAUCUUUAAUCUGCUGGUGAGGAGGUUUGUGGGUGUGGACGAGGCGGAGAAGUGGGAUGUGAGGGCGGUGAGGUUGAAGGUUGUGGCGGUGGUGAGGAGGUUGGUGAGUAGGGUUGGGAAGAGGGAGAAAGUGGUAAAGAGGGAGUGAUGGUACUGUAGAUAUGUAAUGAAUAUAUUCGUAAAUUUGACCUGA